AUGCUUUCAAGUAUAAUAAAGAGAUCAGUAACAUCUGCUGCCUCAAUAUCAUCAAUCUCCUCUUUUGGAGGUUACAUGUCAUAUGCAAGUGCAGCUCCAAAGGAAGUUGAAAAUAAAGACAGAGUUGUAUCAUUCAAGAUCUAUCGUUACAGUGAAGAAUCAGGAAAGAAACCAUACGUUCAAACCUAUAACCUCAACCUAAAGGAAUGUGGUCCUAUGAUUUUGGAUGCUAUCAUUCAUAUUAAAAAUACUCAAGAUCCAACCUUGACUUUCCGUCGUUCAUGUCGUGAAGGUAUUUGUGGAAGUUGUGCAAUGAAUAUUACAGGAUCAAACACAUUGGCUUGUACCAAAAAGACAACCGAUUCAAUUGAUGGUAACUCUGUUAGCAUUUACCCAUUACCACAUAUGCACGUUGUUCGUGAUCUCGUCCCAGAUCUCACCCACUUUUACCAACAACACAAAUCAAUUAGACCAUGGUUAGAGCCAGCAGCAAACGCCCCAAGAUACAAUGGAAAGGAACUCCUUCAAUCAAAGGGAGACCGUCACAAGUUGGAUGGUCUCUAUGAAUGUAUUUUGUGUGCAUGUUGCUCAACUUCAUGUCCAUCAUACUGGUGGAGUGAAGGUGGUGAUGGAGGUUAUUUGGGUCCAGCCGUUCUUCUUCAAGCUUACCGUUGGAUUGCCGAUUCACGUGAUUCAAUCCAAAAAUCACGUCUUGAAUCCCUUUCUACCGAUGAUCUCAAGGUUUACAAGUGUCAUACCAUCUUGAAUUGUACUCGUGUUUGUCCAAAGGGUUUGAACCCUGCUCUUGCCAUUUCAAAGAUUAAAUCUUUAUUAGCAAAGAACUAA